UAAACCUUUCUCGUUCGACCGAAAAAGAAAGAAAAAAGCAAACCCAUUUCAUCCCAAAAUCCCUCUCCCUCGUCAGGCCAUGUGGAACCCUGUGGUGGUCCUGGACAACGGAGGGGGCCUCAUCAAGGCCGGCCUGGGCGGCGAGCGUGACCCCACCGCCGUCCUCCCCAACUGCCUCCUCCGCCCCGUCUCCUCCAAGAAAUGGCUCGUUCCCCCCUCCACUUCCUCCUCCCACGACGACUCCUUCGACUUCACCUCCGCCGCCGUCCGCCGCCCCCUCGACCGCGGCUACCUCAUCAACCCGGACCUCCAGCGAGAAAUCUGGGCUCACCUCUUCUCCUCCCUCCUCCACGUCAACCCCUCCCAGUCCUCCCUAUUACUGACCGAGCCCCUCUUCGCCCUCCCCUCCGUCCAACGCGCCACCGACGAGCUCGUCUUCGAGGAUUUCAACUUCAAAGCCCUCUACGUCGCCGACUCGCCUUCCCUCGCCCAUCUCUACGAGGCGAGCCGCCGCCCCCAUGUCGGCUCCCGGGCCGCCCAGUGCAGCCUGGUGGUGGACUGCGGGUUCUCCUUCACCCACGCCGCCCCCGUGUUCCAGAACUUCACGCUCAACUACGCCGUCAAGCGCAUUGACCUCGGCGGCAAGGCCCUAACCAACUACCUCAAGGAGCUCGUCUCCUAUCGCGCCGUCAACGUCAUGGACGAGACCUUCCUGAUGGACGACGUCAAAGAGAAGCUCUGCUCCGUCUCCCUCGACGUCGCGCGUGACCUCCACAUGGCCAGGAAGUCUGGGAAGGAAAACUUGUUGAGGUGCACGUAUGUGCUUCCAGAUGGUGUUACGCACACCAAGGGCUUUGUUAAGGAUCCCGACCAAGCACGGAGGUACUUGUCUGUGACGGACGGCGACCCACCUUCAGAAUUCGGAACUAAGGGGGACAUGGAUCACUUGGAGGUUACAGAGAGGCCUGAGGACCGAAAGAGAGUUGAUUUAACAAAAAAUGAGUUUGAAUUGACAAAUGAACGCUUCCUUGUCCCGGAGAUGCUCUUCCGUCCUUUGGAUCUGGGAAUGAACCAAGCUGGACUAGCUGAGUGCAUUGUUCGGGCUGUCAAUUCUUGUCAUCCUCAUCUUCACCCUGUACUCUAUGAAAGCAUUAUUUUAACUGGUGGAAGCACAUUAUUUCCUCGAUUUGCUGAGAGACUAGAGAGGGAGCUCCGGCCUCUUGUCCCUGAUGACUAUCAAGUGAAGAUAACAACUCAAGAAGAUCCCAUACUAGGUGUCUGGCGAGGGGGAUCGCUUUUGGUAUCUAGUCCUGAUUUCGAAGCAAUGUGUGUCACUAAAUCCGAAUACGAGGAGCUCGGAUCUGCUCGAUGUCGGAGGAGAUUCUUCCAUUGAGUAGUUGAUAUCUGAAGAGUUAGAAAUUUUGUUGAUUUUCCUAUGCACUUCUUGGCAAGCAAAUGAUGCAUGACAAAAAUUUCAGCCGAGUGUCUGACCAUCUUAUUGGCAUCUCUCAGUACCACUGAACCAAAGAGGUAGAAGUUUCUUUAGUGGCUUAUUUGCAAAGAAAGCAAUCUGAAUGAAGUUGUUCAAUUCAUUGGCACAAAUCCAUGAUAUUUUGGCUUCUUGGAUCUGUCAGCUCAAGGAUGCCCUGGGGUGAUUUGAGCAGCUAUCCCUCUGAUACAGAGUCAGUUAAUGCAUGCAAAUCCAGGGGAGCCAUAAAUUGUGUGAAAAAGGUUUAGCUCAAGUAGAAACUGCAGGUUGUAAAUGCAGGAUAGCAAAUUCUUAUUUUUGAUUAGAGAAAUGAUACACAUAUAUCUUUUACACAUUUCCAUACAACCAAGUUUUAAAUCCAUAAUUGAAUUUGUGAGACUCAAUGUGGGUCUAUAAAUCCAAUGAUGAACUUGAAAAUAAGAUGUGUAAGAGACGUAUUUAUAUCAUUUCUCUUGUGAUUAAGAAGAUCCUGCGGAGAUGGUGAUAUGCUCCUUAAUGUUCUUAGAAGUGCUACCUGAUAUAGGCUUGCUGCUGCAGAAAUUCCAAACGAUGAAUCAUGUGUUUCUAAAUCAAGGAUGUUACGUUAAGAAAUGUUCAUUCAACUUCAGUUUCUGGUCUCCAA